UGAAUGCAGAGGUGAAGUCACUUCCCAAACUUGUAGGAUGGACUUUAGCCUUCGCUAAAAGAUUUAAACCACAAUCGUAUAUAGUCUUGUGGUUCUCUUGGGAGUGGAAAGAAGGAUAUGAAAAAAGAGACUUCUUGAUUUCACAAGAAUGUAUUUAUUGUGUUUAUCAAUAAGAACACAGUUGUUUCUUUUCCUGUCCUUUGGUGUUUUUCAUUAGAGAUGUUUGAAACUCAUUUGCCAGAUCUUAUUACACCUCACAAGGCCAGUACCCCCAUGGAAGCAAGUGGGUGGAGCUGUCAUCCCCAUCUGACAGAGGAGAAAACUGAGGGUCAGAGAAGCCCAAUGAAUCAUUGCUUUUGAUCUUUAACAACAUGCUUAACAGGAUACUAAUAGUGGAGUUCUUCAGUCUCACUUCUUGGGGGUAACUUUCCACUUUUGUUUCCCUCACUUUUUCAUGAAUUCAGGUGAUUCUUAAUGACUGUUUUUAAACUGGCUUUGUGCUAUGCUUUGUGGAGGGGCACGUGCUACCUCACAGGUAGUGUCCUUUCUCCUUUCUCAGAUAUUCUCGGAAAAGAGCAGUGACUUCUGUUCUUCACUAUAAUUUUGAAGUUUGUGACCUUUAAUUAAUGAACCACAGGAUAUCAAAGCCAGUGAAUUAAGCAGCCAAUUAAGAAUGUAAGUGUAGUAAAUAGUAGAAGCCGGCUUCUGUUUUCCAGGGUUGUCUUGCCAUUUUAAAAUAAUUAAGUUGCUGGCUUAAAAGGAUAUACAUAAGCCCAAAUGAUGAAGAGCUUUGCAUUUACUCUGGAGAGAAAUAGAGACAACCGUCUUCACUUCAGAUUCACGUGUAAGCUGGUACAGCUUGGAGAAUGGCCUCAAAUCCGAGCAGAUCUGUGCUCCCCACGUCGCAGCUGUUUAUGAAACUGGACCUUGCUCCCGGCUGCAGACCCGCAGGCUGCCUUCCUGGGCUUGUCCUUCCGUCCCUUUCCGAGCCGGGCGCUCAGGACUCCCGGGGGGGUGAUGGAGGCCACGUGGCGAGGGCCCUGAGGAGCCCUGGGCUGGUGGCCCCGGCGCAGCUCGGAGUGGACAGCGGGCGAGGAGAGAUGGCCGCCGAGUGGCGGAACGUGGUGGUGCUGCUGCCUAACCGGGACCAGCUGCGGCUGGCCGUGGGGGUGAAGGCCACGGGUCGGGAGCUUUUCCAGCAAGUGUGUGAGUUGAUGAGCAUGAAAGAAGCCCACUUCUUUGGCCUCAGCGUCGUCAGAAACAAUGAAUAUCUGUUUAUGGACUUGGAUCAGAAGCUCAGCAAAUACUUCUCAAAGGACUGGAAGAAAGAAGGCUAUAUGGGAAACGAGAAAUCCAGUGCCCCUUUUGUUGCCUUCCUCAGGGUACAGUACUACGUGGAAAACGGAAGGGUUAUAAGUGACAAGAUCGCCCGGCUCCUGUACUACCACCAUCUCAAGGAGAAGGUGCUGAGGUCCGAGUGUGUCCACCAGGAGGAGAGCUACUUCCUGCUGGCCGCCUACGGGCUCCAGGCCGACCUGGGGAACCACCGAGAGGCUGCCCACGUGGGGAAGUACUUCGAGCCCUACACCUACUUCCCGCAGUGGAUCAUCGCCAAGAGGGGCAGCAAUUACAUCCUCCGGCACGCGCCGGCCAUGCACCGUGAGCAGCGGGGCCUGAACCCCAAGGAGGCCGUGCUCCGGUUCAUCAGGGAGGCCUGCCGGCUGGAGGACGUGCCUGUCCACUUCUUCCGGCUGCAGAAGGAUAAGAAGGAAGAGCGACCCUCGGUUGUCCUGGGGCUAACCCUUAAAGGAAUCCACAUCUACCAGGAGGUGAACCACACUCGGCGGCUGCUCUACGACUUCCCCUGGUCCCACGUGGGGAAGCUGGCGUUUCUGGGGAAGAAGUUUGAGAUCCAGCCCAGUGGCUUACCAUCUGCCCGGAAGCUGGUUUACUACACCGGCUGCCCGUUCCGCUCCCAGCACCUGCUGCGGCUGCUGAGCAGCAGCCACCGGCUCUACCUCAGCGUCCAGCCCCUGCUCCGGCAGCCUCCAGCAGCUGGAGGAGGCGGAAGAGAAGAAGCGCUACCGCGAGUCCUACGUCAGCGACGCGCUGGAUGUGGACCUGGACCCGGCCGACAAGCAGUCCCACGGCAGUGGCAGCAAGCCCGGGCAGCGGCCGGAAGCCGACCCCAGCCGGACCUCCCAGCGCUUCCGCCGGGAGCCCACGGCAGCUCCCACACCUCGGGCAUCGAGGCCGACGCGCGGCACCCCGUGUGCGUGGAGAUGUCCGUGGACGAGCCCUUCGGGAUGGAGGUGGCCACCGGCCAGGGGCAGUCGGACAGCUCCACUGGCAGCCUCGGCAGCUCCGGCAGCACCGAGGGGGCCGCCCCGGGCCGGGGUGACGCCUCCCCCCGGCAGCCCCUGGCCGUGGUGCACAUCGCGCUGGUCAAGACGCGGGGCCGGAGCGACGAGGCCCUGCACCAGCUGAGUGAGGUCAGAGCCAGGGAGGAUGCGGCCCGGCACAGCCAGAGUGUGGACGACGUGCGGCUGCCGCGGCACAGAAAGCUCCCACCGGCUGCCACGCUGUCCUCACCCGCCGCCCACAGCUACACUUUCGGCUGCUCCCUGGAGGAUGGCCGGGUGGCCUGCGGCUGCGAUCUCUCCACGGCCGACGGCAAGACCAAGUCUGCCUUCUCCGGCAAGAGGUCCAUGAACUGUGUGUCCCUAGACCUCCUGGGGGGAGACGGGCUCCCGGAGGAAUUUGUGGUGUAGACUGGGCACCUCGGGCCCAGUGGAAGGCGGAGGCCCGUGCCAGGGUCUCACGGCUCCCAGGUGGCAUUUGCCCUGCUGUCCACGACACUCCCAGCUUCCCGCCUGCUGCCCACGAGGCCUCGGUGCCCCCCACUCUCUCUCGGCAGGGCAGCUUGGCUUCUUGGGCCUCUCUGGCCCCGGAGGGUUGAGUGCGUCCCACCUUCAUGUGUCCACCUAGACCUUUCUGGGAGGACUGGCCAGAAGGCACGGAGCAAGGCUUUCCCCGUCCAGUCUCCCGGGAAAAUCAGGAGCUGUCAGCUACACUUCAUUCAUUCUCGUUUGGACGGGAAUGUCUUCCUUGGGCCCAGACAUUGGAGAGAGAGCCCUGGAUUCUCUCGGCCGCCGACCCCUUGGGAGAUGGUCUCCCUGAGGGCGAGAUGGUGCACAGGCCUCUGCGAGUCCCCGGCGUCCAGCUCGCCUGUCUGUGUCACUGCCCCGGCCCUGGCUUCCAGCCCACCUUCUUUGCAACCCCAGCUGCUCACAAACCACCGUUCAGAAUGGUCCCGCGUCCCCAGAAGCUUCUGAGCAUGCUUCCUGUGACAUCCCCAGGCCCCGUCAGGGAUCCCACCCUGUCCGUCAUCCGGGGGUCUGACACCCCAGGGGGAUGUGGGCCCUGAAGCCACCGCCCCAGCUUGGUGAAAUCCGGUCUCCCACUUUUCGAGUCUCGCCACGGAAGUUGGCUGCUGUCCGAGAAGGCAGCGUCUGCCAGCUAGUGAGGUGAUGAGCACAUCUUGCCUGUGGCCAAAAGAAAGCCCCCGAGACAAAGGAUGGAGAACUUGGGUGGGGAUUCAAGGUUUCUUUUUAAAAAAAAAAAAAAAAAAAAUCACAAAUCAAGUUU